AUUGGUUGUUAAUAGGGGGCGCACGGUUGGUACGGUCGGUUGGGGACCCUAGCCGCCACCGUCCGCGCUCAAAUUUCCCGGGCCAGGAGCGUGGGGCCUGCUGGGAAGUGUCCGAGACGGUUGUCAUCAGGCCCGUGGCGGACGCAGUGGGCUUCGCCAUGCAGAGCACAGACUUGGGCAACAAGGAGAGCGGCAAGAUAUGGCACCGCAAGCCAUCCCCGGCCACUCGGGACGGAAUUAUAGUGAACAUUAUUCACACCACUUCUGAUUACCUUCCUAAAAUUCUGCGAUUUUUGAAUGUGGCUUUUGAUAGCUCAGGUGACUGCUUACUUGCUGGGGACCAUCAAGGAAAUAUCUAUGUUUUUGACUUGUCUGGAAACAGGUUUACUCUUGUUCAGCGAACAGCACAAGCCUGCACAGCGCUGGCCUUCGCUCUCCGUAGGAAGUCUGAAUUCCUUGUGGCAUUAGCUGAUUAUUCUGUUAAGUGUUUCGAUGCAGUCACCAAGGAGCUAGUUAGCUGGAUGAGAGGACACGAAUCAUCGAUAUUUUCGAUCUCUGUGCAUGCGUCAGGGAGAUAUGCCAUCACGACUUCUUCGGACACAGCACAACUAUGGGACUUGGAUACCUUUCAGAGAAAGAGGAAACUGAAUAUUCUCCAGUCUGUGGGUAUACAAAAGGUUUUCUUUCUGCCAUUGAACAAUACCAUCCUCAGCUGCUUUAAAGACAAUUCCAUCUUCGCCUGGGAAUGCGACACUCUUUUUUGCAAAUAUCAAUUGCCGGCCCCACCCGAAAGCUCUAGUAUGUCAUACAAAGUGUUUGCUGUGACCAGAGAUGGCCGAAUCCUGGCCGCCGGGGGCAAAUCAAAUCACCUUCAUCUGUGGUGCUUGGAAGCCAAGCAGCUCUUCAGAAUUAUCCAGAUGCCUACUCAGGUUCGAGCUGUGCGCCAUCUAGAAUUUCUGCCCGAUAGUUUUGAUGCUGGUUCUAAUCAGGUUCUUGGAGUGCUAAGUCAAGAUGGUAUAAUGAGAUUUAUCAAUAUACAGAGUUGUAAACUUCUCUUUGAAAUCGGGAGCCUUGAUGAAGGAAUUAGCUCAUCGGUAAUUAGCCCACAUGGACGGUACAUUGCAUCUAUUAUGGAAAAUGGAAGUCUGAACAUAUAUUCAGUUCAGGCUUUAACGCAAGAAAUAAAUAAGCCACCUCCUCCUUUAGUGAAAGUGAUUGAAGAUUUGCCUAAGAGUAAACUGACUUCUGGUGAUCUUAAGAUGAAAGUAACAUCGGGAAGAGUACAACGGCCAGCAAAAUCCAGGGAAAACCAAAUACAAACUAGAAUAUUAAAACAAGACCUGACUGGCAAGGUUGACAAUAAAGAGAAUGAAUUGUCAGAUGGCUUAAACAAAAAGCGUUUACAAAUCUUAUUAAAAGGUUAUGGUGAAUAUCCAACAAAAUACAGAAUGUUCAUCUGGCGCUCUCUGCUACAACUGCCUGAAAAUCAUACUGCAUUUAGUAGCCUAAUAGAUAAGGGUAUUCAUGUGGCAUUUCUCAACCUUCAGAAGAAAUACCCCAUCAAAAGUAGGAAACUACUCAGAGUGUUACAGAGAACCCUAUCUGCAUUAGCUCACUGGUCUGCCAUCUUUAGUGACACACCAUAUCUUCCGCUCUUAGCCUUUCCUUUUGUAAAAUUAUUCCAGAACAACCAACUCAUCUGUUUUGAAGUCGUCGCUACUCUCAUAAUCAAUUGGUGUCAACACUGGUUUGAAUACUUUCCUAAUCCUCCUAUCAAUAUUCUUAGUAUGAUAGAAAAUGUUUUGGCAUUUCACGACAAGGAACUGCUACAGCACUUCAUAGAUCAUGAUAUAACUUCCCAGCUGUAUGCGUGGCCUCUUCUUGAAACUGUGUUCUCAGAAGUGCUGACAAGGGAGGAGUGGCUAAAAUUAUUCGACAAUGUCUUUUCCAACCAUCCUUCGUUCCUCCUGAUGACCGUUGUAGCCUACAACGUAUGUUCUCGGGCUCCUCUGCUCAACUGUAACUUUAAAGAUGAUUUUGAGUAUUUUUUUCACCAUCGGAAUAACCUGGAUAUAAGUGUUGUAAUUCGAGAAGUUUAUCAUCUCAUGGAUACCACGCCUUCUGAUAUUCAUCCGGACAGCAUGCUCGAUGUUUUUGUAUCACUGACAAAAGGACAAUAUCCAGUAUUUAACCAAUAUCCAAAGUUUAUUGUGGACUAUCAGACACAGGAACGAGAAAGAAUAAGGAAUGAUGAAUUGGAUUACUUGAGAGAGAGGCAGACAGUUGAGUCUAUGCAAGCCGAAGUAGACCAGCAAAAAGUUGAAGAUGAAGCUUGGAUUCAAAAACAAGAACUGCUUCAGAAAGCUGAAGAAACGAGGAGAGAAAUGCUCUUACAAGAGGAAGCGAGGGUCAUACAGCAAAGACAGAGACUAGCUGCUGUCAAAAGGGAGCUGAAAGUAAAGGAAAUACACUUACAAGAUGCUGCAAGAAGGCGUUUUCUGAAGUUUCAGCAAGAUCGACGUGAAAUGGAACUAAGAAGACUGGAUGAUGAAAUUGAGAGAAAGGUAUAUAUGAGAGAUCAAGAAAUUGCUACUACAGUUAAAGACCUAGAAAUGAGACAUCUGGAACUUGAAUCACAAAAAAGACUUUAUGAGAAGAAUUUUACUAGAAAUCAAGAAGCUGUUGCAAAAGAAAUGAGAGAAGAUGCAGACGCCUAUCGACGAAAAGUGGAUCUUGAAGAACACACAUUUCAUAGACUGUUAGAAACAGAUGAAACUCAGAACCAAAAAACUCAGAAGUUAAUUGAAGAGAACUUGGCAAAAGCUGAACAAGCAUGUCUAAAUACUGACUGGCGAAUUCAAGCUUUACAUAAACAAAGAUCUGAUGAUUUACAACGACACGAACGUUACCAGGAAAUGGCCAAAAUCCUUCGGAAAAACAGAAGGAAAGAAGUAGAAGUAUUAAAUGCAAUGAUGGAGGAGGAAGCUAAUAAGUGGGAGGAAGCUGAAGAAAAAGACUUUUGUUUGAAAUCAGAAAAGAAAGCUUCUGCUCUUUCAGAUGCAUCUAGAAAGUGGUUUCUAGAGAAGGAGUUAGACGAUGCUUUGGACCAUGCUCCGCAUCUGUAUGAUAAAGUAGUGCCCAGAUGCCAGAAUGAACAGGUUGCCUCAAGCUGUUUGCCUAAAACCUCACAACUAAACGAUUUUUCUGAAGUGGAUUCCUCGACUUGGACUUCUUUAAACCAAAGAAAAAUGCAGUGGGACGCCAUGGAACGGGAUCUCAUGGAGAGAGUGAGAAAUCUUCGCCGGAGACUCACGGCCCAGGCUCGUAGCAGAUGCCAGACGCCUCGUCUUUUGGCCACAUAGGAGGCUGGUGACCUUGAGAGAGUCAGGGAGGGAGAUGACUAUUUUGCAAUCAAUGACACUGAUUUUUUAGACUAUUUAUUUUACAUUUUUAUAAAGAUCAACCUUUUGUAUAGAAAACUGUGUGUAUAAAAAUUAUGUGCUCUAUUUAAUUCUGAUGCUUUUGGCUUGUAAAUGGCUUCUUGUACUUUUCACAAUAAAAAACAUUUUGAAACUAUUAAAA